AUGGCCCAAUGUCCACACGUAGCUGCAGAUAGACCCUUCUCACACUGUUUCCUGUUAUAUUUAAUAGAAACCUUUAAUUUGAAAGCAGCUGACCGGAACUAGUGAAACUUGUUUCCACAACAUUUCUGCCUUUCCACGGACGCACAAGACCCCGAAAAAUGUCCAGCGCUAAUUUUGACGCCUCCACGCUUGUCACCAAGAUUUGGGUCGCCCUCAGACGACUCGACAAAAACGAUGACAGAGUGGUGGCUCUCCGGGAGGUGUCCAUUCCUCAAGGGGCCGACAUGUCCUCCAUUGUACAGAUCAUCGCCACCACCUUUGGCCUGACCUCAUCAGAUGUUAUAUUCAAGAUAAGAAACCAGCGCGGUUGCCUGAUCCCGCUAAACAGUUCCCUCUCAGCAAACAGCAAGCACAUGCCCUACUUGCUUGAGGUCGCCAAGAUCUUUCAGCAUGUACAUCCCAACCCAAAAAGUAUCCCCAUGACUGUGAUCAACAAGAGCAUUAAGACCAGACUGCAUGCUAUCGACAAGAGGAUUCAAAGACUUGAAGAGCUUCUGCCGCAAAUAGAACUGAGACGCCAUGAAAAACUAAGCCAGGAGAUUGCCUGCCUGAACCAGAAGCUGAUGUUUCUUCACAAGAGAAUGCAGGUGGCGGACUCGCUCACAUGGAAGGGAAUGCUUAUCCGACCGCCCCUGUGGUGAAUUGACACCUGUCAAUCAAGUCUUCCUUAUUGUGAAAAAUGUCUGAGAAUACUACUUCUAAACGUCAACCUUUGUGGAUGAAUAUGACAGUGAAGACUGACAAUCUCAUACAGUGAAAUUUCAGAUUAUGGCAUAUUGAAUGACCUG